AUGAAUUCUAAACCUUCCACAAGCAUUCGACCCUCUCCACAAUCGUGGGAUCCCCGAGAUGAUGCCCUUCUCGUCUAUCUCAAGGAGUCGGAAAAUAUGGGCUGGAAGCAGAUUGCGAAUUAUUUUUCAUCCAGGACUUCUAACGCGUGCCAGUUCCGGUGGAGGAGGCUAAAAAGCGGCAAACUGAAAACUUACAAUGCGGAGAGUGUGGUGACGCUCGACCCGCAGUAUCUUUCGCGUGUGAAGAACUUUAAGACCGGGAGUUUGCUCGUGGACGACCUCAAGGCCCGGCAUUCGCGGUUCGGCCGUCGCGUGGUGUCAAAGCUGGAGGCCGGCCGGGCUUCCCCGGGCUCCCCUACCGGAAACCUUCCCGGUGUCAGUGUCAGUAUCGGUGCCAGUGGGCGCACCGCGGAUGCCCCUGCGGCCUCGCUGCUGGCGGACUCCAGCUCCGCUCCCAGCCACCAGGAGUACCUGAUGGCCGAAAAACUUAGUGCGACGUCCAGCGAGGGCACCGCGGGUUCUAUGCGGGGAACCCCUUACAAUGAAUAUUCUUUGAAGCAAGUUUCGCCGAAGCAGGUUUCUUCCACAAGCCAAUUUUCUUCAUCCCUCAAGCAGUUUUCGUCAUCAAACCAAAUUUCAUCCCUCAAACAAUUUUCAUCGUCAAACCAAAUUUCAUCAUCAAAUCAGUUUUCUUCAUCCCUCAAGCAAAUCCCUUCCUCCUCACUCCCAUCUUCAUCCUCAUUACAAUUUCCCUCCUCUCUCCCUUCCUCCUCCAUCCCCUCUUCACUUUCCUCCUCUCUCCCCUCUUCACUCCCAUUCCUCUCACCUUGCCUAAAACAGCCCGCCUUCCCCUCAUCCCGGCCGCAGGGAACAUUUUCAUUCUCCGCAUCCCCUCUCUCGGCGCGCCGGAAUUCCCACUUGCCCUCCCCCGAGGGCUCCGCGGUCCCCGGCUCCCUUCCGCCGCCACCAAUUUUUCCCCGCUGGACUCCCGAGGAGGAUCAGUUGGUGCUCGGCCGAACCGCCAACAAACUCUCCUUUGACGAAUUGUGCAUUCUCCUCCCCUCAAAGACAAAUUACCAGGUGCGGAGCAGAAUCCAGCAACUUGACAAAUCCCGCCUCAGCAUCGCUUCCUUGACUGCUGCCGAGGGCGGAGUCGCGUUGCCCCCUCUCAAAUCUUCAAGAUCCAUUAUUUCUUCCCUCGCGUCCUCGGCCCCGGCUCUCUCUGCCUCUGCCUUCGACCGGCACAUUUCUGCACCGCAUCUGCCCCUCCGCCGGCUCUCCACCUCCACUUCCCCCUCGCUCUACGCCACCUCGUGCAGCACCCCUGUGCCCCGUGUGCCCCGUGUGCCCACCACGGCUACCGUGCCUUCCUCCAUCUCCUCCUCGUCCAGCUCCUCGAAGAUUUCCCUCUUCCGGGACCAGCCGUCUGCCGGGCCUACGCAAACUUCAAUAUCCGUGCCUGCCACUUCUUCCACCAGACUCCCCUCAAUAUCCUCGGCAUCCCCAUCCUCCGUGCUGCCCUUAUAUCCGCCUUUUGCAGUGUCCGCGGGGCCUUCGCUCUCUUCCCGGACGCUGCAUUCUCCCCCGCCUAUCUCAAUAGCUAAGAAUCGUUCAUCGGGGGGACCCAGUGCCUCUUCAGUCAUAUGCUGCUAG